AUGGAGCCUCUCGUCUUCGACCCCGCCUUCACCACUCCGGAAGAUGCCCCGAUCUUUCAGUCCUCAGAUGGGGUGUGUUUCCGCUUUCCAUGGAAACCUCUUGUGGCUGUAUCGUCGUUCUUUCGGGACCUCCAGACCGUCCGACUCCCACCCGCCCAAGACCAGGAUCUGCCACCCGUCAUUCCACUGCUUUCAGCCCUUUCAAAGGGACUGAGGACUGCCUUCCUUGUGCUCAAGUCGAUUGGUGAUACCUCUGUCAGGGUUCCCACCAGCGACCUCAGCGACCUCUCUCACCUUGUCGACGUCGUCACGGUCGCUGACGCCUACGAUCUCAACAUUGUCCUCGAGACUCUUCAAACGAUCUACACAGCCAACAGGAACUGGAAGACGUCUUUCACCCUGUUUGCCGUAUUACACGAUGUCAACGGCAUGGAGAAUGUCAUGACCUAUAUCUUGGCGUCGUCCAGUUAUCCCUUGGAAGAUUGGAUGAAGGAUGUCCUGUCAACAAAGGCCCCGCAAGCUAGCUACAAGUUCACCAAAAUCGCAAACUUUCACGCGGUCAAUAUUGAACGCUUUGACGAGCGCGCCCGGUUCCUCGCCAAGAAUUCGUACAGGGGGUUCCUCCAGACGUGCCGUCAGAAGGGCUGUCAGCAGGGAUGUUCCGAGUUCAAGGCAUGGCCCUCCUUCGAAGCACUGGCUUAUCGCAAGAUUUCGCGGGCCGUGGUUCUCAUGCACCGAGGACACGGCCACGACGUCAUUGAACCCGCUGUGACCGCAAGUUUGAAGUGCCUCCACUGCGCCUCCCGCCUCCUAGAUCUUCUGAGGGAAGCCCGCGUGUACAGUCGAUACGACUGGACAUACAUCAAGAACUGCUACAGGAGUAUUCCUUGGGUUUGA